AUGGGGUGCCGGAGCUCGCGGCUGGACGCGGCAGACGUGUCCCCGGUGGCCGCGCUCUGCCGGGAACGCCGCGACCUGAUGCUCGCGGCGGGGGACCAACGCGCCGCGCUCGCGGCCGCGCACGCCGCCUACUUCCGCGCGCUCCCGCGCGUGGCCGACGCGCUCGCGCGGUUCGCGCACGAGCACCACGCCGCCUCCCCGCCCGGGUCGCCCGUGCUCACGCUGCCCCCCUCCGACCACGACGAGCCCAAGAAGCCCAGCGCCUCCAGCUCCACCCCGCACACCGACUCCGGCCACUCCCACCUCCACUUCCACUCCGGCGCCUCCGACUCUGAUCCCGACUCCGCCGACGACUGCGCUUGCGAUGCCCCCGGGCACGGACACGGCGAGAUCCCGCCGCCGACUGGAGUGCCCCAACAGCGUCACAUCCCAGAGCCUGGAGCGGCCAGGCCUGCCAUGCCAUGGCAGGGCAGACCCGAGAUGCCGUGGGACGGCAUGCCCCAAAUGCCGUGGGACGGCAGGCCAGAGAUGCCAUGGGAGCACGCCUCCUACGACGCCUACCCUUCUUCGUUCCCAAUCCCAAAUGUCGCAGUCCCCAACACCUACUACAUGAAGGCCAGCUCGGCCACGGCCAACACGGUGUACCAAGAACCCUACGGCUACAGCAACUUCGCCACCAAUGUGCCUUCUUACAUGGGGUACGAAUACGGGUACAGCAACCCAAUGUACGGUGUGCCGGAAGGGGGGGAGCCGGUGGAGCGUCGUGGCCGGGAGGCGGCGGCUCCGGUUCCGGCGCCACCGCCACCGAUGCCGAUGCCGGAAGCGUCGCCGUGGGAUUUCUUCAACCCGUUCGACUCCUACAACCAGGAGCUUCCACAUUACAAUCAAAAGGGGUUUGCUCCGGACGGGUCGUUCUCGAGCAGCCCCAACUCCAGCGAGGUGAGGGAAAGGGAAGGGAUCCCGGAGCUGGAGGAGGAGACGGAACACGAGUCGUCGAUGAGGGAGUCGCUCAAGGCCAGGAAGGCGGUAGAGAGCACCGCGUCGAACCGGAUCGACAAUUUGGAUGUCAGUGCCAAGGUGAAGGUGUCAAUGGAGCACACCGAGUGCGAGAUUGACAGCGUCGUUAGUGCUUCGGUUCUCGAAUCGGGGGAGGAGAGCGUGUGUAGCUGUGACUGUGACAAUGCCAAGGCUGGAGGAGGAGGGGCAGUGCCGGUUGGGGAUGAUCCGGCGAAGGUGAAGAGGGUAAGCUCAGAGGAGCACUCAUCCAUGGUGCUCGGAGAGAAUGCGCCGCCACCGAUCUUUGGGACGAGAGAUAUUGCAGAGGUCGUGGAGGAGAUAAAGGAGCAGUUCAACUCGGCCGUGUCCUGUGGAGAUGAUGUUGCCAGGAUCCUUGAGGUCGGGAGCAUUCGGUACAGACCGCGGAGCAGGAUCUUAAAAUUGAUAGUUUCACGGAUGAUGGGAACCUUUGCCUUGUUGUUCUCUGAACCUCCAGUGAAGAACGCGGAACAAUCAGCUAUUGGUUCAUCCAGCAGAACUCAGAAUUCAAGUAAAAGAAUCGAUAGUACCAGCGGUGUUGAGAUUAAUACCCUGUCUUCUAUAAUGGACAGAUUGUAUGUGUGGGAGAAAAGACUUCAUAAGGAGAUUAUGGAGGAAGAAAAGUUGAGGAUUACAUAUGACAAAGAAUGGAAGCGCCUUAAAGAGUUGGAUGAGAGUGGUGCAGAAUCAUAUAAAAUUGAUUCCACACGGGCCUCAAUAAGGACACUGCUCACCAGAAUCAAUAUUGCAAUUAGAUCAGCUAAAGUUAUUUCUUGGAGGAUCCACAUACUACGGGAUGACGAGCUACAUCCACACCUUGUUAAGCUCAUUCAGGGGCAUGUUAGGAUGUGGAAAUUCAUUCUUGAGUGCCACAGGAAGCAAUUUCAUUCCAUACUUGAAACUAAAUCUCAUAUUCUCAUUCCUAAGAAUGGACCUGAAAGAAACUCCUCCAAGGUUACACUGGAACUAGAAAUGGAACUUCUGAACUGGUGUUCCUGUUUCAGAAAUUGGAUAAUUUCCCAAAAGGCGUAUAUCGAAACCCUCAAUGGCUGGUUGCUGAAAUGGCUUCCUCAGGAAAAGGAGGAAACGUCCGACGGCAUCGCGCCGUUCUCUCCUGGUAGACUUGGAGCUCCUGGCGUGUUCAUCACAGCAAAUGAUUGGUGUCAGACCAUGAAAAGGAUACCAGAAGGUGCUGUCGUGGAUGCGAUGGAGGCUUUCGCUGUUAAUGUGCACAUAUUGUGGGAGCGACAAGACGAAGCGCAGCAGCAGAAGAUGAAAGCUGACUAUUUAUCAAGAGAUUUCUCAAAGAGGCUCAAAUCUCACCAAAAGGAUCAAGUCUUGCCUGGGCAUCCUAAAGCUGGUAAGGCGGUUUUACCCAACAGCGACAAUGGCAGGGCGGUCGAUAGUCGAAUGGUAGCUUUGGAUGCAUUGCACACAAGAUUGGAUGAACAGAGAGCUAGGCAUGAGGAGACUGUGAGAGAAAUCCAAGAGUCAAGUGCAACUGAUCUGAAAGCAGGCCUAGCUCCAAUAUUUGAAGCGUUGGAGUCUUUUACUCAAGAGACACUGAAAGGUUAUGAGAAUGUAAGGGUUCCAAACAGUGGUAUAGUCUGAUUUCAAGGUCUUCUCGCUUUGCUUCUGAAUGAUGGUCUGUACAAUGUGAAGAAGAGAUGAUCUCAGGAGUCAAUGGUAAUAAGAUAUUACAAUCACAAUACCUUGUACUGAACGUUAUUCAGAAAUGAUUGCAGAUGAUUCUGAACAAACACCGGGGCAGUUUCCUCAUUAGCUCUUGCUGCUUCUACCAAAUGAAUGAUCUGCCAGGAGCCAGGAGUGAACUUAGUUGGAGCGCCUCAAAGGAGGGCCAGGAAAUUUUGUAGCCAUUUCAGCUCGUGUACAUAUAUUAGUUCAGUUAGUGAUUAUGCAGAAUAGAUUAUUGUUUCUGUAGAAUUUGACCUGUACAUUGUAACGGCUGUAUUUAUGUGCUGGUCUCCAUUAAAAAAAUGCGCUACUCAAUGCGGAUGUUCUCCUGUUC